CCUAAAUAAUCACGGCUCACCACACAGGCAUGGCGUCCUUCAGCGAGAGGCACAAGUGACACCUAUCAACCUAUUCGCCCCUUCUCUGUGGUUAAUUAAAGUUUUUUUUACAUCGUAUGCGGUUGUAGAGAUAUUUAUCACCAUGGCGACCAGGACCGCGUGUCAACUUCUCCAGCGCCGCUUUGCAUCUGCUGCAGCCGCUGUGCAUCCAGCGGCUGCCGAGGUCCGAAGCCAUCGCUACGCCGUCUUCUCCAGAGAGCAGGCCCGGCAGAGAGCUCUGUACCCUCGCAUCGAGAAGGUCGAGGUGACCGUGGAGGGCCCGGGGCUGGAGGGGACACUGCUCGUCAUGAACAGAGGGUUGUCCACUCCGCUCAGCUGUGCCAGACACCUCACAGAGCAUCAUGUCACUAACUCGGUGCUGGCCCUGGUGGACGGGGAACCUUGGCCUCUCCAUCAGCCGCUCACCCGCUCCUGCUCACUCACUCUGCUCACGUUUAAAGACAGCGACCCAACGCUGGUCAACCAGGCGUUUUGGCGGUCCUGUGCCUCCCUCCUCGGUCAGGUUCUGGAGACUGCGUUCAAGGACGACUUCACCGUGGCGCUGCUCAGCGCAGCGGACGUGCCAGUCACUUCCGGAGCGUUCUGCUGUGACGUGGCGCUCGACCCUCAGCUGGACUCGUGGACGCCUUCCGAGGAGUCGUUGCGGUCUCUAACCCGAGGGGCCCAGCAGUUGAUCCAUCAGGACCUGGCCUGGGAGCCUCUGGAGGUGACGCCCUCUGUGGCGCUGGAGGUCUUCUCACACAGCAGAUGUAAACAGGAAGAGGUCGAACAGAAGGCAGCAGAAAGUCCCAGAGGCACACUGAUGCUCUACAGAUGUGGGGACCAUGUGUUGCUGAGUGGGGGCCCCCUGGUGGCCAGAACAGGCCUGUGCUCCCAGUACGAGGUGACGGCCCUCCACAGCCUGGGACAGGGACCCUGGGGUCUUCAUCGUCGAGCUCAGGGCCUCUCUCUGCCUCCGCAGCUGCAGGCUCACCACACUGUCUGGAGGAAACUGAGGCAGCGGGCAGAGAAACUGGUUGAGGUGCCGAAGACUCAAGAAGUGACCCCGCCUUCUCUUCCCGACCCCGACCAACCAGUAACGUCCUCUGUGUGACCUUCCACACACGCAUACACACUUUGACGUGUACCACACUGUAUUCUUUGCUCAAUAAAUGUGUAAAAACAA